CCUUGGUGCAGAAUGACAGGCCAGUGGAUGCUGUUGGCUCUGUGCUGCUUGCUCAGGUCUGGCCAUGGUGAGAAUCCAGCAUGGUUUCAGAACAUCACGACAAGUCUCUUUAAGUCUCAAGGAGAUUUAUUACUGGGGGGGCUGUUCCCUAUCAAUGAGCUGACCAGCAACCUGAGUGAGCAGCUGGAACCAGGUGAUAUUCACUGCAACAGAAUCAAUCAGUAUGGCCUUGCGCUGGCGUUAGUGAUGAAGUUCACUGUAGACGAGAUCAACGCCAUUCCUGAACUCCUUCCUGAGAUCACGGUGGGCUUUGAGAACUACGACUGCUGCAACCAGCCAGGUGUGGUCAUACAGCCCACCCUGCGUUUUCUUUCAGCUGCUGCCUCAGAGGACGUGGAGGUGAAGUGUAACUACACCGAGUACGCGACCCGUGUCAUGGCUGUCAUUGGCCCCUGCAGCUCGGAACUGGCAACCAUCACUGGCAAGCUGCUGGGAUUCUUCCUGAUGCCACAGGUCAGCUAUGGUGCCACUAGCGAAGACCUCAGUGAUAAGAUUCAGUACCCGUCGUUCAUGCGCACGACGCCCAGUGACCACUGGCAGGCCAAAGCUGUGGUGCAGCUGUUGCAAGAGUUCAGCUGGAACUGGGUGGCUGUGGUGGGCAGUGAUGAUGGGUAUGGCAAACAGGGCAAGCAGCAGCUCUCCAGCAUGGCGGCCGAUGGGAACAUAUGUGUGGCGUACGAGGGGCUCAUCCCAGUCUAUGACAACCCAGUGCCAGUAAUAUUAGAUAUCCUGGAUCACAUUGUGGAGGCCAACGUAGGGGUGGUGGUGGUGUUUGCCACCUAUCAAGUUACCACUGCCUUCUUCAGAGAGGUAAUUAUGCGGAAUUUGACUGCAGUGUGGGUGGCCACUACAAGUUGGGCCCUCUACAGUGACCUCAACCAGCUGCCUGGCAUGGGCAGCGUGGGCACCGUGCUGGCCUUCUCUGACAUCACCCAACCCCUCAGUCUGUUGAGCCCAUAUGUCCGAGAGCUUUUCUCUAGGAUGCAGGAAGAGAGGCUUCAGCAAAGCCAGCGGCAGACAGACCCCAACAUUUCUCCUCUAGACAACCCCUGCCUGGGUUGCUGGGAUCUCUCCCCUGAGAAUGCAAGCAUAGUGGACACAGUGCUGGUUCAGCGCACGGCGUUCAGCGUCUAUGCUGCCAUCUACACCUUGGCAUACGCACUGCACCACACACUCGGCUGUAAUGAGACCCGCUGUUCCAGACACCCCAAACGUGACAAAAUCUACCCAUGGCAGUUGCUGGAGAAGCUUCAAAAUAUUUCUCUGAAUCUGAACGGAACAAAAUUAGACUUUGAUCAAAUGGGAAACCCAGACAUUGGCUAUGAUAUAUUGGUCUGGGUCUUUGGAAACCACACCAUUACCUUCCAAAACAUUGGGAACUUCAACCAGAUCAUCACAAUAAACAAAGAUCUCAUAAAAUGGCACACAGCAAAUUUUACGGUCCCUACGUCUACAUGCUCUUCUGAGUGUCAAACAGGACAAGUACACAUAGUCAAAGGCUUUCAUUCCUGCUGCUUUGACUGCAUUGACUGCCAAGAGGGAACCUUCCAGAACAACACAGAUGACAUCCAGUGCACUGUGUGUCCAGACGGUCAGUGGUCCACCCUGCGCAGCACCUACUGUGUCCUUCCCACCUUCACGUAUCUGUCCUGGAUCUCCUACGAAGCCAUAGGCCUGGUUCUGGCCGGAGUUCUGAUACUGUGCUGCCAGGCGUGGGUCGGCGUCCUGUUUUUUAGGCACAGGUCGACACCGCUGGUGCGGGCAGCAGGAGGAAAACUCGCAGGUCUCUGCCUGGCCAGUCUGAUGGGAGGGUGCGCCAGUGUUGUGCUCUUCCUGGGAGAACCAGGCAAUGUGGUGUGCAGCUUACAGCAACCUCUGAACGCCUUCUUCCCCACUGUGGCCCUGUCCGCCAUUCUGGCUGUCUCACUACAGAUUGUGUGUGUAAUAGAAUUCCCUGAAAGAGCUCCUGCUCACCUGGAGAACCUGCGGACCUCAGGCAGCUGGAUGGUGGUGUUGGCCUGCUGUGGCAUUCAGGCAGGACUCACUGGCUGGUUUGUACAGCAAGGGCCCUCACUAACAGACUAUGUGGCCAGUCUGCAGGUGAACUUUGUGACGCGUUUUCUGCGCUGCCCAGUGGAGCCUGUCCUGAACUUUGGCCUGAUGAUGGCCUUCAAUGGCCUGCUAGCCCUGGUCUCAUUCAUGUGCACUUUCAUGGCUGUGAAACCUGCCCGACAGUAUAACCUUUCUAGAGAUGUCACCAUUUCCGGAUUAGCCUAUUGUGUGACAUGGGUCUUAUUCAUACCCAUCUAUGCUGGUCUUAGUGACAAAAACAAGUCUAUUGGUCAAGUAACUGUUACGUUUCUUAGUAAUAUGGCACUGAUGGGAAGUUAUUACCUUCCAAAGUGCCAUCUUCUGGUUAAGCACCCGGAGCUCAACACAGAUGAUUACUUCCGCACCUACCUGGAGGGGGCGCCACCAAUCGCGCCUGAGGGAGAUUAA